CUUUUUCUGAUCUGUUCCUCCGUGCCGCCCUACAAUUCUCAAGACAGAGUGAAUUACCAAUCGCACAAUGAGAUCCCUUACCUGGUCUACCUGUCUGGCUUUGGCCGGCACCGUCCUCUCUCACGCUCAUCACAACCAUGACGAAGUCAUCCCCGAGCAAUUGCGCGAGGAGUUGCUGAAGAAAUGGGACCAAGAGUUCACCUUCUCUGGCAUUGCCAGUUUCGCCCACAUGAAGCCUGUCAAGUGUCUCGUCGAACCUGACGAGCGGUAUGACAUCGCCGUUAUCGGUGCUCCAUUCGACACGGCAGUCAGCUACAGACCAGGCGCCCGUUUCGGUCCGCGCUCCAUCCGCGCGGCCAGUGCCCGCCAAAUGGCCGGAACCAGCUACAAUACCCGCGCGGGAAUUAACCCGUAUCAAUCGUGGGCAACUGUCAAAGACUGUGGCGACAUCCCAAUCACCCCGUUCGACAACGGCCUGGCUGAACGGCAGAUGUAUGAAGCCUUCCUGGAGCUGGGCUCUCGACCGGCCGUGACCCGCGCCUCCUCCACGCACGGCACGAAGGGCAUCUCAGCCGGAAAGCCCAAGCUCGUCACGCUGGGAGGCGAUCACAGCGUCGCCCUGCCUGCCCUGCGCGCCUUGUACCAUAUCUACCAGAAACCAAUCACUGUGCUCCACUUCGACGCGCAUCUCGAUACUUGGAAUCCUGUGCGGUACUCGGCCUACUGGCUUUCAGAGCAGUCGCACUUCAAUCACGGCAGCUUCUUCCACAAGGCCAGCCGUGAGGGGUUGAUUUGCAAUGCAACCUCGGCACACGCGGGACUGCGCACACGGCUGACGGGCGUGGACGAUAGUGAUUACACCAACCCUGGUCCUGAGCAGGGCUUCAUGCGCAUCCAUGCAGAUGAUAUCGACGAGUUGGGCCCCAUGGGCAUCGUGGAUCGGAUCAUCGAGCGCAUUGGUCUUGACCCGGAACAACCGGUUUACCUGUCGGUUGACAUUGAUGUUCUAGAUCCGGCGACUGCCCCAGGUACUGGUACACCCGAACCUGGUGGCUGGACGACCCGAGAGUUCAUCCGGAUCCUGCGCGGUAUUGAGAAAUUGAACAUCGUUGGUGCAGACAUUGUCGAGGUAUCGCCUAGUUAUGACAACAAGGGUGAGACCACGGCUCUGGCAGCGGCUCAGGUUGCUUUUGAAAUCAUCACCAGCAUGGUCAAGGCUGGGGCAGGCGAGGAUCUGGGCGGCUGGUACGGGCGCAAGAAACCCGAGGCCGUGAUUGAGGUUGAGGUCGAGGUCGAGGACGUCGCAGUCGAGAAGGAGGUCAAAGACGAAUUGUAAGAUG